AUGUCCCAACCCCAAAGCGGAGGCAUCCACUCCACCGGCCGCGGCGGCGCCGGCAACAUCGGCCCCGACCCCUCCACCUACGUCGACGGCGACAUAAUCCGCGAAGGCACGCCCGGCGUCUCCACGACCGCCGAAUACAGCACCGGCCGGGGCGGCACGGGCAACAUCGCGCACGCCUCGACGACCAACAACCACCCCUCCGAGGAGAUCGUCCCCGAGAGCGCCACAAGGGUGCCCGGUGAGAGUUAUGAGAAUUAUCAUACGGGACGCGGCGGGGAGGGGAAUGUGCAUCGGGAGAAGUUUGGGGGGCAUUCGCAUGCGCAGAAGGAGGGUGGUGGGGAGGGUUUCGUGGAGAAGGUUAAGCAUGCGGUUGGGUUAGAUGGACAUCAUCAUAAGAAGGAGAAGACGCCGGAGCCGGGGAAGAAGUAG